AUGGAGGAAGUAAGGCAGCUCGUGCAAGAAGAAGGCAGGGAGGCGAGGAACCUGGUAGCAUUUCACGUAGCGGUCGAUACACCAACGCGCGUCUCGAGGAAGCCGCCCAGGGCUGCGCCCCCGCCGCGCAGGGCUGCGCCCCGGGCCGCGCGCCUCCGCUCCGCCUCCGCCGGCAGGGACAAGCGCUCCGAGCUUCGGGCGAGAUACUGGGCCCUGCUCUUCGGCGACCUGCAGCGCUCCGUCGGCGAAAUCUACAAUACGGUGGAGGCCCACGAAAAUCUUAACGAGUGCCAAGAAGUGAUAUUAGUGCUAGAGAACUACACCAGGGACUUCAAAGCUCUGGGGGAGUGGUUCCGACUGAAGUGGGAGUACGACAACACACCGCCGCCGCAACGGCCCCAGAGCUUAGCGUGGGAGAUCAGAAAGACUGAUUUCGUCAGACCCGAGUCCAGACGUACACAUUCCGUAAAAAGUUCCCCCUCUGUGUCCGGCACGAAUAGCCCUUGCUUUUCCGGACACAACACGCCCAGUGGCAAGAACAGCCCCAACUUAACGGGCAAAGCUAGCCCCGGCAGCGGCAAAAUCAGCCCGAGGAUUUCUGCAUGCCAUUCCAGCACAAGUCCGAAAGCGAGCCUAGAGUUUUUCUCCAACAAAUGUGUAGUAUCCAAAAUGACCACGAAACCAGAGCCCAAAUCUGCCAAAGAACCAACGAGGCUUUCGGACAUUAAAGAGAAAGAUAUCCGAGAAACGGACGAGAAAAAUGUGAUGGAACCGGAACAAGGCGAUCAUAAAAAUGGUGUCGUCGAUUCCGAAAGUUCCAAAGAAGUCAAGAACGACCGCGAGGAACUUAAACAAAUCGUAACCGUCGAAAUAGGAAAAGCUAAAGAACUACCAAACGUGUGUCCUAAUCCAGUUGUUAUAAAAUCACCAAAAUCGAAGAUGAAUUCGGGAAAUGUUAAAAAAUCGUCUAAGUCAGAAAUUUCGAAACAAGCAAAACAUACCAUAUCUCAAUUGGAGGCUAUGGAAAACGAAUUUUUAGCGAAAACUAUAACAGUUCUUAAGGCAAAGAAUGAUAAUUUUUUUAAUAAAGAGAAGGAAUUUGAAAUAAAUAACACCGGUAACAUUAAGGAAUACAACUUUAAUAUAAAAAAUUCCAUAGGUGAUAAAGACAGUUUAUUGGUGGAAUCUCCGACAAAGUCAGAGGAGAAUUUUGCUGACGUAUCUAAUGAGAGCUCGCCUGAAUGUAUCGUUGAUAAAUCAGAAAUAUCCUCACAGUUAGUAAUUGAAACAAAUACCGCAUUACAUGAAGAGUUAACAAGUGAAACGUCGAAAACAACAGGCUUAGUUGCCAUUAGCGAAACAAUUGAACACAGAUCAAUACAGAAGAAUGGAGAACUUUUAAAUGGAGAUAUUUUAAAAGAGACAGAUUCCAGUGCCAUAGUAGAUAUUACUUUAGGAUUGAACACUAAAGACGAGAAUCCGUCAGAAAUAAAAAAGGAAACAGAUUCUAUAACCAAAAAUGCAUUCACAGAUGAUGAAUAUAAGGAGGAUAAAAACGAAAUAAUUAAGGAAAAUUCGAAUAAUCAACAUGAUAAUACGGUUAUUGGAAAUAACAAAGUUAAAGUAAAUGGUUUACUAAACGACCAUGAUCGUUUGGAUGAACCCGAAGAAGAAUCGAAAGUCAAUGAAAAACUUGUGCAAGAUAAUGAUAAAAAUAAGGAAAAGACUAAUUUAAAUGAUGCUAAAAGUAACACCAAAGAUUCGAAACAGAUUAAAAAGCCCCCUAUAGAGGCGAAAGAUGAAGUAAAAACAGAGCAAGACGUAAAAAAGCCAGAAACAAAACCAAAUGUAGAAUCAAAGACUAUCGUCAAACCUGCUUAUUCUCAAGCAGCUGCUAAACCUAAGCCUACCAAUACACCUAAGGUAGAAGUCAAAACACCUACACGCACCGCACUUGUCAGGAGCUCCACUGUCGUCGAGAUGCGACCAAGUACCGCCCCGAAAUCUCAAAGACCGUUCCAGAAAAGGGCUCAAGCAAACAAGUGCAGUUAUCCCUUUAACCUGACAACAAGCCGUAUCACCGUCUUCGAUAUGCCGUCGCUCACCGUAGCCAAGGCACCCUUGCCUAAGCGCACGACCAAUAGAAAUUUACAAAUGGCCUCCGGUGAUGCGAAAGCUUCCUCUAACAAAGCAGAGCCGAAACAACGCCAUCAAAGGUCUACCUCCUUGAAGAUGAAUGAGAGUGGGAACAAGAAAGAGAAUCACGACCCGACUUUGGGAAUGAAGGACGACGAUCAGUAUGGCAGCUGCGACACUGUUGUAGCUCAGGUCGAUGGCUCACCAAUCGAGUCGAGCGAUAGCGUCCAAACUCUAGUGUCAGCUGAUCCUCAUCUGGAGGAUAUCAACUACACGAUCGAGUUCCUGGACCUGGACGGCGCGAAUAACGACAACGAAGGAUGGCUGACCGUGAAGUCGCGGCGGCUCAAUAGGGAGUCGAGGAAGCUGUCGAAAUCGCUUUGGGCCAACAGGUUCAACCAGCCGUCGGCCACAACCAGUUUGCCGACGCUGAACAUUAUGUCACCCAAGGAAGAACCCGACGCCGUAGUAGAAGAACCACCCAAGGCAGCGAUGACGGAUCGCGCCAAAUCCGAGCAGCCAGAGAGAGCGGUUAAAUCGGAAAGCGUCGAUGAGGCUAAACCACCGGCGCAGAAGGAAGACAGCAAGCCGAAGGAUCCGUUUAUGAUCCGACAGAAGUCCGAUGUCACCGGCUUGAAGACCAAAUCUUCCAGGAGCAAAGUGCCGGCCAAGAAAGCGGAGCGGUUAAUGGACACAGCCAACGACGAGGAACAGGCGGAGCUGACGAAGAACAGGCUCCACUCCUCGCUCGAGAGCCUACCCACGGGCCUGGCGAGGUCGCAGGAGAGCACUGAAGACGCCUUCGACUUCGACAAGUGGAGGGAGGAGUUCAAGGCAACCUUCAAGUACCUGGACGACGACGACCACAUACCGGACCACGACGAGAUCCUGAUGAGCGCCGAUCCCUCCGAGAUGUCCGAGAUCGCCGAGAUGACGUCGCAGAUAGAAGAGAACGAGAGGAAGAUAAGCUGGGCCCUGGACUUCCAAUCGGAGGUCGACCAGCAGAAGCUUUGCGAGGAGGAGGAUCUGUUGAACAGGCAGAUAAUGGAGUUGCAGCAGGUCUCCGAUAUCGAUCUGGACACUGAGACAGAUGACACUGAGACUGAUGCGGAGAUCGUGUGCGAGGACGCCGCCGUGGCGGCCUGCCCAUCGGAGACCCUGGGCGCGUUGGCGGCCAGCCUCGAGGACCAGUACGAGACGGCGCUGGCCGGCAUGUCCUGGGCGGAGAGGGUGGACACCCUGGUGGUGCUGGAGGCCCUCGUCGCCAGGGAUCCCGGAAGGGCGCAGCAACUCCACGCCAAGCUGUCCCAGGGCAUCAAGAGACGUGGCAGCUUGCAGGAUGCUUUGAGGAGACUCCAAGCGAAGCAGGCGCGAGCGGAGCGCCAAAGGAACGAAUACCAGACAGAGAGGGCGAAGAAGAUCCACCAGUUGCUGGCGCGCGUCGAGGAAGUCAAGGUGGCGAAGAACCAACUGAUAGAAGAGAAGAGACUGAGAAUGGAGAGGCGCCUGGAGAAGGCGGCUGAAAAUCGAAAUCAGUAUCUGAAGGACAUCGUGCGGAAGGCGCACGACGAGGAGGAGAAGCUGCGCGAGAUCGCGUUCAUCACGCAGCUGCAGGCGCAGCACCGCCGGCACGACUUCCUCGCGCAGUGCCGCGACCACACCGCCCGGCUGCGCGCGCUGCGCCGCGACCGCCUCCGCAAGCUGGAGGAGAAGGCGGCGCGCGAGGCGGCGGUGGGCGCGCGGCGACUGGCGCUGGAGGAGGCGCGCCGCAGCCGCGUGGAGAGCCUGCUGCAGCGGCGGCGGCUGCGCGACGAGCGCGUGCAGGGGCUGCGCGAGCUGCGCCGCCAGGAGCGCGGCGACGCGGCGCGCGAGAAGGCGGAGGGCGUGCGCUCGCGGCUGGUGGCGCUGGCGGCGGCCGCCGAGCUGGAGGCCACCGCGCUGCGCUCGCGCAUCCGCCGCAAGCAGGACGCCAGCCGGCAGCGGCUCGAGCUGCACCUGCGCGCGGUGCGCGAGAAGGCCACCGGCCCCCAGAAGCCGACCACCGCCGACAGCUGCGAGCAGCCCAGCAGCGAAGAGGCGGAGGCCGAGAGGCUGGAGAGGGAGCGCCGCGAGAGGGAGAAGCAGAAGAGCAUCAAGAGGAAGGCGAGGAAGCUGCGCCUCAAGUUGAUAGCCACCGGCAACGAGAGCCCCGCCCUAGAGGAGCACGCGUACGAGCCCCGCCCCAGCCCGCUCGCCGCCAAGAUGCACAAGGCGGUGCAGCAGAUCGCGCACGCCAUCACGCCGCUGUACCGGGAGGCGGCCAGGGCCGCGGCCGACGCCAAGUCCGCCGCCGACGCCAAGUCCGCGGCCGCCAAGUCCGCGCCGGACUCGGAGUCCGCGGCGGCCAAGUCCGCGCCGGAGUCCGAGUCCGCGGCGGAGGCGGAGGCCGGCCGGCGGCGGCGGCGCGAGCGCGAGGCGGCGGCGCCGGCGCGGCUGCCCGACCCGCUCACGCUCGAGCGGCAGCUCAACGAGCUGCAGCGGCUCAUGGACAAGUUCGACACGAACACAUCCGAGAAGAUGACGAUGCCGAAGAUGCAAGCGCUCAAGGUGAUCGGGCAGCUGUUGGCCCUGGCCGCCGAGAGGGAGGACCUGGCUGCACAUUUCACCACCAAGUCGCUGAGCACGUGCGUGGCGCUGGUGUCGCGCGCGGCGUGCUCGUGCAGCGGGCUGGGCGCCAUGCUGCUCGGCACCGACGCGGCCGUGCACCUCGUCUCGCUGCUGCAGGCCACGCUGGAGAAGGACCUCCAGUCGGACCCCAAGGAGAUGGAGCUCGCGCGCCAGCUCAGCGACUGCCUCUCCAUCGCCCUGGACUCGGUGCUGUGCUCCACCCGCCUGCACCAGGAGAAGCCGAGGCGUCGAGAGGACAUGGAACUGCUCAGGACUCUGCGCAACAGGGCCCACAUGAUCAUCAGUUACCUGUGCCUCAGCGGGUGCAUCGCCCACGCCGAGAGGGCUGGUGAGGCGCGCGAGAGCAUCCAGACCUUGCUCACGGUCUGCGCAGACCUCUGCCACCCCUCCGAAGCAGAUGCGGGUUCUGAGCGCUCGUCCGCGAGGCAGUCGCUCCGCUGCGCCCUCGGCACCGGCAUGUGCGGCGCCCGCGCCGAGUUCUGCAUGCUGUUCGCCCGCGGCGCCGACCUGGGCCACUGCGGCAGUUUCGUGCGCGCCGCCCGCACCGCCCACCUGCUGCGCGCCCUCGCCGAGAUGGACCACGUCAUCGUGCAGGAGGCGUUCGGAGAAGGCGGCUGGCCCCUCGAGUUCCGGGCGGCCGUUGCCAGACUCCUCUCCCAACACGCGCCCAACGAUAGAGAAGCUCCGCGCACCACUCCGCUGCGUCUAAGCAAUCAGCGUCUGGACCAGACGUUAUCCGAGACCAUGGUUCUCGACCUGAUCGUUCUCGUGGGAUUCGUGGUGGUGAACAAUCCCCAACUUCAGGACACAAUCUGCGACGGCUGGAGCGUCAUAAAGACCCUUUGCACGCUGCCGGCCAACUGGCUGGUGUCUCCCUCUCACAGCCACGCUCUGCUACCGACCCUCGUGGCACUGGCAGAAAGGCCGGCCACGGCCACCGCCAUCGCCGCCGAGUUCAGCGUCGAGAUGCUCCGCGAAUACAUGGAGAGUCCGGAGGCGCAGAAGGUGAAAUUGGUCCAAGUGAUAAAGCAGGGCAGAAAGAAAUCUGGCAAAAAG